GUGAGGAGGUGGAGGAGGAGGAGGAGGAGGAGGUGGCGGCGAGAAGAUGGCGACUUCGAACAAUCCGCGGAAAUUCAGCGAGAAGAUCGCGCUGCACAACCAGAAGCAGGCAGAGGAGACGGCGGCCUUCGAGGAGGUCAUGAAGGACCUGAGCCUGACGCGAGCCGCGCGGCUCCAGCUCCAGAAGUCUCAGUACCUGCAGCUGGGCCCAAGCCGUGGCCAGUACUACGGCGGGUCCCUGCCUAACGUGAACCAGAUCGGGAGUGGCACCGUGGAUCUGCCCUUCCAGCCCAGCGGAUAUCUGGGGGAGGCCCUGGCAGCGGCUCCUGUCUCUCUGACACCCUUCCAGUCCUCGGGCCUGGACACCAGCCGAACCACCCGGCACCACGGGCUGGUGGACAGAGUAUAUCGAGAGCGUGGCCGGCUCGGCUCCCCACAUCGCCGGCCCUUGUCAGUGGACAAACAUGGACGUCAAGCGGACAGCUGCCCGUACGGCACCGUGUACCUCUCGCCGCCCGCGGACACCAGCUGGAGAAGGACCAAUUCUGACUCUGCCCUGCACCAGAGCACAAUGACACCCACCCAACCAGAGCCCUUUACGGGCGGGUCCCAGGAUGCACACCAGAAAAGAGUCUUACUAUUAACAGUCCCAGGAAUGGAGGAAACCACAUCGGAGACAGAUAAGAAUCUUCCCAAGCAAGCAUGGGAUACCAAGAAGACGGGGUCCAGGCCCAAGUCCUGCGAGGUCCCCGGGAUCAACAUCUUUCCAUCCGCUGACCAGGAAAACACUACAGCCCUGAUCCCCGCCACCCACAACACAGGGGGCUCCCUGCCUGACCUGACCAACAUACACUUCCCCUCCCCCCUCCCGACCCCACUGGACCCUGAGGAGCCCACCUUCCCCGCGCUCAGCAGCUCCAGCAGCACCGGCAACCUCGCGGCCAACCUGACUCAUCUGGGCAUCGGCGGCGCCAACCAGGGAAUGAGCACGCCAGGCUCCUCACCACAGCACCGUCCAGCUGGCGUCAGCCCGUUGUCCCUGAACACAGAGGCAAGGAGACAGCAGGCCCAGCAGGUGUCGCCCACCCUUUCCCAGCUGUCACCCAUCACUCAGGCUGUGGCCAUGGAUGCCCUGUCUCUGGAGCAGCAGCUGCCCUACGCCUUCUUCACCCAGGCGGGCUCCCAGCAGCCACCACCGCCACAGCCACAGCCCCCUCCACCACCACCACCUGCGUCCCAGCAGCAGCCGCCCCCGCCACCCCCACAGGUGCCCGUCGGCCUCCCCCCAGGCGGCCCCCUGAUGCCAAGCGCCAGCCUGACGCGGGGGCCCCAGCUGCCCCCGCUCGCGGUCACGGUACCGUCCUCUCUCCCCCAGUCCCCCCCAGAGAACCCGGGCCAGCCGCCAAUGGGGAUCGACAUCACCUCGGCGCCGGCUCUGCAGCAGUACCGCACUAGUGCCGGCUCCCCGGCUAACCAGUCUCCCACCUCACCUGUCUCCAAUCAAGGCUUCUCCCCCGGGAGCUCCCCGCAACACUCCUCCACCUUGGGCAGCGUGUUUGGGGACUCGUACUAUGAGCAGCAGAUGGCGGCCAGGCAGGCCAAUGCUCUGUCCCACCAGCUGGAGCAGUUCAACAUGAUGGAGAACGCCAUCAGCUCCAGCAGCCUGUACAGCCCGGGCUCGACGCUCAACUACUCGCAGGCGGCCAUGAUGGGCCUCACGGGCAGCCACGGGAGCCUGCCAGACACACAGCAGCUUGGCUACCCCAGCCAUAGCAGCAUCCCCAACAUCAUCCUCACAGUGACGGGAGAGUCCCCUCCCAGCCUCUCUAAAGAACUGACCAGCACACUGGCCGGGGUCGGUGAUGUCAGCUUCGACUCGGACAACCAGUUCCCCCUGGAUGAACUCAAGAUUGACCCCCUGACCCUGGAUGGACUGCACAUGCUCAACGACCCCGACAUGGUCCUGGCCGACCCGGCCACCGAGGACACCUUCCGGAUGGACCGUCUGUGAGCUGCACACCCGGCACAUCGCCGCCCAGCCCCCGGCUCCAUCACCCCGCCGGUCAGUGGUCCCGACGGCGUCUCCCUGAGCCCAGGGACGGCCGCGCUCCGUCCUUCGCAAACGGCCGAGCUUGUGAUUCUGAGCUUGCAAUGCCGCCAAGCGCCCCCUGCCCACCCGCCCGCCCCCCAGCUGUCCACCUCCCUUGGGAGGCCGCGUGUCACCCCCGCGGAGCCUCCCUGCGCGUGCUCUCUCGCCCCCCACCCUGGGCCAUGAGCCGUCGUCCCCCUGUAAAAUGCGGAAAGCGUGUUGGGGAGGGCCGCCGGCCUGGAGGGGGCGCUGUGGUCCACGGCGGCGGUGGGCUGAGGUGCAUUUUCCGACUGUUGUCCAGCUCUCACUGCCUUCCUUCGUUCCUGGUCCCCCGACCUGCCCGCCACCCCCAGCCCGAGGUUAGGUAGAGAGCCAGCCCCACCCUGCCAAGGGGAGAAGGCACCAGAGAGAGAGGCAGACACAAAGCGAAAUAAACACUAUUUUGACUGCUGUCUUUUA